AUGGACUCUAUGAUGAUGAUGGUUCCCUACCUUCACUUCACCGGAGGUGAUAACCUGUUCUUCAAGACGUUGGCCCCUUCCUCACACGGCGCGAUCGCGGGUGCUUGUAUGGUACUUGUGGCUCUCGCCAUCUGCGAGCGGUGGUUCGCGUCCGUGCGCAGUCGUCUGACCGUUCACUGGCGCCAGAGGGCCCUGGCUAUCGCGGCAAACAAGGACAUUUCCGAGAGAUCCGCGACGUGGACGCCCACGAAAGAGCAGGAUGCUGCAGAUAUCGAAGAGGUCAACGUCAACAGCCUCUCUGGCAAGUUCGCUGCGCCCGUGUUCGUUAUCCGCCGUGCCUCCCGCAACAUUGAACCCUUCAUCCUACUGCACGAUCUUCCUCGCGGCAUCCUCUAUGCUCUCCAGGCGUUCUUGGCCUAUACGCUUAUGCUAGCCGUCAUGACGUUCCAAGCAGCAUACAGCAUCUCAAUCAUCGUUGGUUUGGGACUGGGCGAGGUGCUCUUUGGUAGAUUGGGCGCCGGUGACAGUCAUUUGCUGCACUGA